AAGAGAAUUCUCAGAUAGCAGGAUAACCUGUGUCAUGUAAAAGAAACAGGUAUCCUUUUUAAGCCUUUUUAGAUACAAAAAGGUGAACAAAAAAUCCACAAGUAAUAGUCCUACUAUAAUAAGUACAAUAUUCUGUGUUGAAUAGCAACCACAGCUUUGCCUGUAUGGCAAAAUAACUCCCUGAGCACGUGAGCCUUGGUGCAUGUUGACAUUCCUAGAGAGUUCCUCCUUCCAAGCAAAGAUUCUUUCUUUAAAAAAAAUAGGACAUAAAGUAUGCAUAUUUGCUUUUCCCCUCUAAAAUCCUUGCCCGUUACUGACCCUUCUCCUGAGCACUUGUCCGAAAGCAAUCAUAACCUGAGCUUUCUAUCACCUACAAGGAAUAGUUAUAAUCACAAUCACUUCUCUAAUGUAAUUUUCUUCUAAUACACAGAGAACAUGAGAUACAUUACUUCUAAUUUUAAAUCACGUUCUCUAUAUAUUCAAAUAUUCCUUAUCACAGCUUUAUACAUGUUCGACAAGAAGAGAAGGAAGAGUUCCUUUAAAGAGUCUCAACGUUAUUUGGGGGAAAUUACAUUCAGCAGAGUCCUGAUUAUACUUACAUGAUCCUAAUUAGAGUUUUCCUAGCAUUACUGGUAAGAGUGUUAAUUACAUUAAUUACAUAAUGGCUUCUUUGACAAAUAAAGCCAUAUAUUCUAAGAUUGGUCCAAGCCUGACACUCCUUUCUGCUUAAAAAAAAAUAGGAGACAUAUUGGAAUAAUAGAAGUUUCCACUUUAGGCCGAAUGAAAUUAUACCAGUUCAAGAUAGAAGAUGAUUUCAUGGCAAUUAGAAACAGUCUUUGUGGAAAGUUCCAAUAUUCCUUUUUAUUUACACCAAAAGUAAUUCCAGCCAUGCAUCACAGGCUCCAUCACUUGUAGAGAGAAAUGCAUUAUAUAUUUCUGUAGACAGAAACGAAGUAAAGCCUGAAAUGAUUACCUUGACUUUUUCAGAAAGGAGAGAAUUGGAAAUACAGUGCUGGUAGUCCGAGGCUUUGAUAUGUAAACUCACCUAAAUAUGCUGGUCUUUUCAGAGUUCGUUUGUCAUACAGUGUGACCACACAAACUUAAAUUAUUUGUAAAAUAAAAUUGUUUUCUCUGUGUUUUUCCUAUCCUUUUAGAGCCUUUGAAACAUAUGUAGAAAUUCAUUCUCCUGAGUAGGAAUCUGUUACUAUAUAGAAUAGAGCAGCCCUCUGGUUUGCCAGUGGCAGAUAGGAAGGAGAGCAGAGUGACAACCCAUAUGCCCCUUACUUCUCUUCCGCAAGGAGCAAGUUGCAAGCAAGAGAAACUGUUUUCUGCUCAUUUGCUCCUUUAUUUAACAUUUAAUAAUCUAUGGGAUACUGUGUAAGGUAGUGUGCUAGGCACUCGAUAAACAGAGGGAAACGAAACCAUGAUCAUGUCCUCUUGCAGUUUACAGUCUCCUCAGAUAUCGUUUGUGGUAUGUUUAGGCUUUAAUUUUGUCUUUCUGUGCAUUUGCCUAAGUAUAUUUUUGGUCUUGAUAUUGAAAGACAGAUUCAAGCUGUAAUACAUCACAGCUGUUGGGCAGGAACUCACGGGAAGCAAUGAGCAAGGUAGAAGGGGCUGCUAUUAGAAACAACUUGAGGCACCCAUAGAUGCAACCAAACCUUAAUCCAAGGUGUAUUCAUUUCAUAUUGCUUCUGUAACAAAUUACCACAAAUUUAAUAGCUUAAAAUGCACAAAUUUAUUUUCUUAUAGUGCUGGAGUUUAGAGGUAAUAACCUCAAAACUGUAGGAUUCCUUUGGAGGCUCUAGGAUUGAAUCUAUUUCCUUACCUUUCAAGCUUCUAGAGGCUGCCUUUAUUCCUACGAUCCUGGCUCCUUCCUCCAUCUUCAAAGCCAGAAACAUAGCGAUUUCCCUUUCCUCCCUCCCACACCUAUUCUCCACCAUUCCUUCCCUCUCUCUGUGCUUUCGUCCUCUUCUCUGACUGACCCUCCUGCCUCCUUCUUAUAAGAAAUGUUGUAAUUCCAUAGGGCCCACCUGUAUAAUCCAGAAUCAUCUUCUCAUCUCCAAAUCUUUAACUUAAUCAUAUCUGCGAAGUCCCUUUGGCCGCAUAACUAAGACAGGUACAUCUUUGAGGGCCAUCAGCCUACUACCACACAAAGCAAAUUAAGUAGAAAAUAACGUUUGCCUCUUUUACACCUUGAGUCCACCAGCUGCAUGUUGCCCUUUGCAAGUUUGUUUUCUACUUCAAGGCCAUCUUAGUUGUCCAUUUUAACUAGCCUUUCCUCACAAAAUGGUGGUAUGUGGCUCCCCCCACUGAUAUUUCUCUGAGGCCUUGUAGCUCUCUAAGACAGCACCAGUUUAACUCACAAGUCAACAAACUGGAACACUUCAACCAGAGACAUUGACAUCCCCCUCUAAUGAACUCAGCUGAUUGCUAAAGACAGAUGCUUCGUUAGAGCCAAACAUUCCUAUCUUACAUAACUAAAUAUGAUAAUAAAUUAAGUUCUUGGGGCUGGAAAUAGUUAUAAUUUCCUCUUUCUUGCAGUGAAAAGGCAUGGAACAUUUAGCAAACUGAUCCUGGCUUAAUUUCUACCGAUACUAUGCAGCACAAACUCUUAUUUGAUGCAGAUUAUAAAUCGAAAAUUAGCAAUGAAUACUAUGCAUCGCUUUGGUGGUAAGAGGCUGCUGAGUAGCUUUUUUUCCCCAGUAACCGUAGAGGCAAGACUUGAUAUUUUUAUGUCACUUUUACUAAGAAGGGGGGAAACAUUUUGCUAUUAAUCUUAAAGAGAAGUCUUUUGCUGCUAGUUACGUGGAGUAACAGGGAAUAGAUUUACCUUCCUGCCUCAAAAAAGUGAAGACCAGAAAAACAUUUGUUUUCAGACACUGGAGAGCAGGCACUGUUACGGCUGUGAUUUUACAACUGCUCCUACAUGCUGGGAGCAGUCGCUAGAUGCAUCUCAAGGUGGGUCGUCAGCGCUUCCAGACUCAGCACAAACGACAUUUAUUUACGUAGGUAAAAUUACUGUUGCUAUGGGUAAAUUCACAGAAAUAAAGCCCAGAGAAUCCGGUUGGCUGGCAGGGAGCGGCGGAUCCAAUCCCGGGCUCAGCAAGUUCUCGCGAUACCGUGAGAUCUGCAGUCCUGACGACACCGCCGCUGAAAUGUUAGUGAGACUGUAGGGUGGGCGGUGCGAGCGGCGGUUAGCUCCCAGCUCGGCCUCUCUGAGGAAAACGGGCGUUCGCCUGCGGUUGGUCCGACUGUUAGCAACAUGAGCGGCCUGGAUGGGGUCAAGAGGACCCCUCCCCUCCAAACCCACAGCAUCAUUAUUUCUGACCAAGUCCCGAGCGACCAGGACGCACACCAGUACCUGAGGCUCCGCGACCAAAGCGAGGCGACACAGGUGAUGGCGGAGCCGGGUGAGGGAGGCUCGGAGACCGUCGCGCUCCCACCUCCACCGCCUUCAGAGGAGGGGGGCGUACCCCAGGAUCCCGCGGGCCGUGGCGGUACUCCCCAGAUCCGAGUUGUUGGGGGUCGCGGUCAUGUGGCGAUCAAAGCCGGGCAGGAAGAGGGCCAGCCUCCCGCCGAGGGCCUGGCAGCCGCUUCUGUGGUGAUGGCAGCCGACCGCAGCCUGAAAAAGGGCGUUCAGGGUGGAGAGAAGGCCCUAGAAAUCUGUGGCGCCGAGAGAUCCGCGUCUGAGCUGAGGGCGGGGGCGGAGGCCGAGGCGGAGGAGGUGAAGACAGGAAAGUGCGCCACCGUCUCAGCAGCCGUGGCUGAGAGGGAGAGCGCUGAGGUGGUGGUGAAGGAAGGCCUGGCGGAGAAGGAGGUAAUGGAGGAGCAGAUGGAGGUAGAGGAGCAGCCGCCAGAAGGUGAAGAAAUAGAAGUGGCGGAGGAGGAUAGAUUGGAGGAGGAGGCGAGGGAGGAAGAAGGGCCCUGGCCUUUGCAUGAGGCUCUCCGCAUGGACCCUCUGGAGGCCAUCCAGCUGGAACUGGACACUGUGAAUGCUCAGGCCGACAGGGCCUUCCAACAGCUGGAGCACAAGUUUGGGCGGAUGCGUCGACACUACCUGGAGCGGAGGAACUACAUCAUUCAGAAUAUCCCGGGCUUCUGGAUGACUGCUUUUCGAAACCACCCCCAGUUGUCCGCCAUGAUUAGGGGCCAAGAUGCAGAGAUGUUAAGGUACAUAACCAAUUUAGAGGUGAAGGAACUCAGACACCCUAGAACCGGCUGCAAGUUCAAGUUCUUCUUUAGAAGAAACCCCUACUUCAGAAACAAGCUGAUUGUCAAGGAAUAUGAGGUAAGAUCCUCCGGCCGAGUGGUGUCUCUUUCUACUCCAAUUAUAUGGCGCAGGGGGCAUGAACCCCAGUCCUUCAUUCGCAGAAACCAAGACCUCAUCUGCAGCUUCUUCACUUGGUUUUCAGACCACAGCCUUCCAGAGUCCGACAAAAUUGCUGAGAUUAUUAAAGAGGAUCUGUGGCCAAAUCCACUGCAAUACUACCUGUUGCGUGAAGGAGUCCGUAGAGCCCGACGUCGCCCGCUAAGGGAGCCUGUAGAGAUCCCCAGGCCCUUUGGGUUCCAGUCUGGUUAACAUUUGCCCUUGGGAAUACUCCUGCACAGGGUCUCCUACCACCUUCUGCUGGACCUGUGCUUGGGCAUCAGCAAUGGGUAUGCCUUCUAUUGUGCUUUGUUUUUGCUGACUUUUCUGCACCCUGUUUCCUUUGGAUAUUCAGUUCUCUCAACCUCAAGAUUGAGACGGUGGUGGGUAUGCUUCUCCACUUCCAUAUGACCUUCAUGCUGUUCUGGAAUAUCACAUGCUACGAGGCCAUCCUUCACACUACUUGUAAGCCAAGCAAAUGACACUGUAGAUUGUACUGCCUUUAUCUGCACUGCUUGGACCCUGUUUAUUCCCAGGGCCUCUGAACUGGUUGCUGUCACUUGGAUUUCUAGCUUUGGGAGCCUGUUCCAUCUACUCAGCUCUGCAUUGAGCAGUAUGGGCACAUGCCCUGUGGACAGUUACUGGACGUUAAUGAACUCAGAGGAGAAAAGCAGUGAGCCACUUGUUCUGUGUGAUUUAUGCUACUUCAUUGCUCUUCCUUCACCUCUAGUCAUUUUCUAUUGCUACCUGCCCUACAUUGGCUCCUGCCAAGGUCCCUCUCUCUCCCUGUUUUCCUUUUUUUUUUUUGAGACGGAGGACGGAGUCUUGCUCUGUCGCCCAGGUUGGAGUGCAGUGGCGCGAUCUCGGCUCACUGCAACCUCCACCUCCCGGGUUCAAGCGAUUCUCCUGCCUCAGACUCCCGAGUAGCUGGGACUACAGGCGCGCGUCGCCACGCCCGGCUAAUUUUUAUAUUUUUAGUAGAGACGGGGUUUCACCAUGCUGGCCAGGCUGGUCUCGAACCCCGACCUCGUGAUCCGCCCUCCUUAGCUUCCCAGUCCUCUUAAAAAAGUGAUAGCUCAGAAACAUUUGUAAAAGCAAGGUUUUUAUUUCAUUUUGGCUCUGUCAUUUUCAGAGGCAAAGAAGUUGGCCUGUAAAAUAGAGUGGUAGAGCUCUUACGCCCCUCCCCUUCUUCCCAACUUCCUACUUCCUAGCCCUUUUAUCAACUCCUAGAAUAGUUAAAGAGAGACACAUCUAGAUGGGAUGAAAGGUGCCCUAAGCAGGAGAAACUGAACAAAAGGCUAGAGGCAUGGGCCAGGUAAAAAUUGGGCCUAGAGUGAAGACUGUGCUGACGUUAAGAGCUUUCGAGGAAGGAGUACUUACUCCCCAAUGAUGAUGAAUGGAGAAAUACUUUUCAGGAUUGCUAAAGGAGAAUUGAAGGGGUUAAAGUGUUAAAUAUGUUGCCUAGACAAGGGUUCUUUAAAGAAAGACAGCGCAACUUUGAAUGCUUUCUUACUUGUUUUGUGACCUAAUUUAUGUGGAAGAUUGUUAUUUCAUUAGGAUUUAGUAAAAUCUUUUUUUUUUUUCUGGUUCUAAACUUAUUGUGAAAAUUGAGCUGUACAGAUAUUCUUUUGAUUUCAAUUGGGAACAUUUGGAAGAACAACAGUCUUACUUGCCUGUACAAUAUAGAGACAUAUGAAUAGUCAUACAGUUUUCAACUUGUUCUUGUUUCUGUUAAACUAUAUUCCUAGAAACAUAGUUUGAACAACUUGGUCUUUGUUAGGCUUGUCAAAUUGCCUUCAUGGAAAAAUAAUCUACAAAAGUGUGGUUUAAUUGAUUGUCUUACAUGAUAAUUUUCCCUGGUAACAACUUAGUAAGUGAUGUAUCUUUUUUCCUAAAUUGCUUAAAUAUUGUGAAAUUGCUCUGACAAAUUGGAAGUGUACCAUUGGCAUAUUUGUCUUCCUUUUUAUGCAUGAUGGAAAAAUAAAAGCAUGUUGUUCUGCUA